UCAUCAUCCCCACUCGGUUGGCUGGCCAGAUCUCGGAAUAGAUUCACUGCUGCUUACCAUUUCGGAGAUUCAUAAUAUCUCCCAAGCACAGCGCCAGCUUCUUGACUCACCAGCGCACAUUCAUACGUAGCGCAUUGGCAUGAUCCCCGGCUCUCACCCCUCCACCGCGGAGCUCCUAUCAUCCUAGAUCCCAACGGGGAACAGACCGACCGAUCUAUACCACCCGAAUCCAACCACCAAGAGAGCCCAAGAUGACCAUCUCCAUCAACAGCACCACAAGUCCCCUUGAGGAGGUGAAUAAGGCCCAGCGGACCAUCAAGCCCGAAGCCAACCCCGCAGCGACCUCCCCCUCCUCUGCGACGACCCGCAAAUCCCUCCACCAGAACAUCUUCGGCAAGCUGCGGCCCCUCCCCUUCCAGUACCACUGGGCCGUCUGGUACGACAAGCACACGGACGCAACCAAGGAAACCACCGCCCAGGACUACAACUCGCGCCUGUACCUCCUGCACGAGGACGUCUCCGACAUCGCCACCUUCUACCGCGUCUACAACAACUACCCGUGGGACAAGGUGCGCCUGCGCGAUACCGUGCACAUCUUCCGCAAGGGCGUGCGGCCCGUCUGGGAGGACCCGGAGAACCGCAACGGCGGGUGCUGGCGGUUCCGGGUGCCCAAAAACAAGGCGCAGGAGUUCUUCCACGAGAUCGCGAUCCUGUGCAUGGCGAAUGAGUUCCAGGCUGUGUUGGAGAAGGAACACGACCACGUCCUCGGCGUCUCCACGUCCGCGCGCUUCAACUCCAACCUCAUCUCCGUGUGGAACAAACUCGGCGACAACGAACGCUCCAUCAAGGCUCUCGAGCAGACCAUUCUCGACCGCCUGUCGCCCGAACUGCGUCCCACCGGGACCGGCUCAACCGCCUACUUCUACAAACGGCAUGCCGAGAACGACGGCUUCACCGAGGCAGUCGAGAAGGCGAGCACGGUGACGUGAAGUGGCCUUCGCCGUCUUGGUACGGUCGUGGUCACCUCUUUUGCUUUCUCUUCCCCAGCUUCACUUCGACUUCGAUCACCACCCAACUCUUUUUUCUUCCUCAUGUCUUCACAAAGUAGCCGUUUGGCGUUUGCAUACUUCUCACGUCUCCUCUUGUGCUUAUGUACCUUAGCAUUGCAGAGCUUGAGCUUUUCACUUCCUGACCCUCACUCGAGGUUGCAUCAUUUAACCACAUGAAAUUUGAAACAUAGCUUCAUUUCUCAUCGACCGAAGUUUUGCGCUCUCCCA